GUUAUCAACUGAGUCUUGAUCGUCCCCUGCUCCUUCUCUUGGUCCUCCUGCUCCUGCUGAAUCAGUCCACGUUGUGUGUGUAUUGCUCGACGUUGAAACCUCACAUCUCGCCCUCACUCACCCCGCCUCCACCCCUCCUACUGCCACCCACACACAGCUAUGCCUACCCCCAGCACGGCCCAUUGGGCCUUUAUAUCUCCCCGCUGCUGUCCCCUUCCUCUCUUUCCUUUUUCCUCUUCCCUUUGAUUUCUUGCAACUACCUAUUACCUCCGCCCAGCAGCUUGCUUCAUUGUGCUGUUUCUAUCCAAAUCUCCGCGGUGCUUUUCUCACACACUAUGAGAGAGUACCAUGGCUUCUCUUAUCCCUAACAUCCUGCCCAAGGAUUCCCACACUCAAAUUAUUGCUGCCGGAGCAUCUAUUGCGAUUCUUGUCGGUAUUGUGUUUGUCACAACCUUCGGGGGAAAGAAGACCCCCAAAAAUGACGAAGAGCUGAGCACGUGGUCCUCGUUCAUCCGCUUCUUCUACGCGUGCUUUCUCAAGCCGCACGAGAAGAGCGGCGAGAAUGGCCAGCAAGAUGCCCUCGAGAGCUUCUACAAGGCGCAAGCUGGCGUCUAUGACGCGACCCGCAAACGACUCCUGUGUGGCCGAGAGGACAUGCUUGGGUUGGUGGCUGCGCAGUUGAAGCAAAAGGCUACAACAGCCAACCAGUCGAAGAACCAGAGACGUAUUUGGGUUGAUGUUGGUGGCGGGACAGGCUACAAUAUCGAGGCUAUGUCCAAAUACCUAAAUGUCCCCGAGUUCUUCUCCAGCGUCUAUCUUGUCGACUUCUCGCCCUCGCUGUGCGAAGUGGCGCGUAAGAGAUUUGUUCGCCUUGGAUGGAACAAUGUGAAAGUUGUUUGCCAGGAUGCGAGACUUUUCCGACUUGAAGAUCACGAGGGAGAGAGCGACGAGUCUUCCAGCGACCUCAUUCUCCCCCCACCUGCCAUUGAUGAGUACUUUUCCGACUCGAAAUCAGCUGUGGGAGCAGACUUGGUUACAAUGUCAUACAGCUUGUCAAUGAUUCCUGAUUUCUACUCAGUGAUCGACUCUCUCACCAACCUCCUCGCUCCAUCCGGAGUUAUUGGAGUUGUCGACUUUUACGUGCAAUCUGUCGUCGAUUUGAGCUCCAGGAACUACACCGGUGGCGCCCUGACACGCCACGUCAACUGGGUUAGCCGACUGUUCUGGCGUGCGUGGUUCGACAUCGACCGCGUUGGUCUCGAUGCCAGCCGCCGUGAUUACCUUGAAUACCGAUUUGGAACGGUUCUCUCUGCAGACAGCCGCAACUAUCUCCUAGGCGCCAUCCCUUACUACAUGUGGCUUGGAUGCCCCAAGAAGCACUCGACAGCACUGUCCCCGUCCAGCCAUGACAUUAUCGAGCGCAUAGAUGCGGCCGUCACCGAAUCUCCUUACCUACACCCUGCGAACUACACAGCCAACCUGUCGAAGGCAGUUGAGAAGGCAAACCCAGAAAUCCGAUCCAAGGCUUACUCUGCCGCCCUCCUGAACCUGACCUCCAACCUUCCUCUCCCUUCAUUUUUCUACCAAAACCACCACUACCGCAUUCAUUUCGAUGAUCAGUUACAGAAGCACACCCAGUUUAACAACGAGUACAUCUACGCCUUUACUUGGGAAGAUACCCGUGUGGACGACCGUAUUCUGAAUCUCACCCCCUCCGACGUCGUACUCGCCAUCACCAGCGCUGGCGACAACAUCCUCUCGUACGCUCUACGCUCUCCAGCUCGCAUUCACGCCGUGGACCUGAACCCUUCUCAGAACAACCUCCUCGAACUCAAGGUCGCUGGAUAUCACUGCCUCCCUUACGCCGAUUUCUGGAAGAUCUUCGGCGAAGGAAAGCAUGCCAACUUCCGCGAGCUGCUGAUUGAGAAACUUUCGCCACACUUGUCGAGCCGCGCGUUCCAGUACUGGCUCGAUAAUGUAUCUGUUUUCUCGCCCAAGGGUCGCGGAUUAUACGAGACAGGUGGAAGCCGAUACGCCGUGAAGUUAUUCCGUUACAUGUCGAAUGUGUUCGGUCUCUCCAACGAGGUACGAAAGGUACUCAGCGCAAAGACUUUGAUUGAGCAACGAGAGAUCUACCGCUCCUCAAUCCGACCAGUAAUCCUCUCGCGCAUCCUCUCAAGCGUUUUAAUCUCGCAGCCGCGCUUUUUGUGGGCCGCACUCGGCGUGCCAAAGAACCAACUUGCGGUUAUUGAGAGCGACUAUCCUUGCAUAUCUCAGGGCACCGAAUCUUCUGAUGGGAAAAUCUUGGAUAAGAAGGUGAGGGAGCAAAACAGAGGCAAGGCAGUUUGGCAGUACAUGGUUGAUACGCUUGACCCAGUCGUUGAGCAUACUCUCAUCGGACAGGAUAACCAUUACUACCAGGUCUGUAUGGCGGGUACAUACACGCCACAGUGUCACCCAGAGUAUCUGGACGAGAGGGCGCACAAGAAGCUAUCUCGCAAGGAUGCGUUCGAGGGCCUACGCAUUCACACCGAUGAGAUCGAAGAGGUCGUAAACAGGAUACGACCCGGCACAUUGACUGUGGCGGUCGUGAUGGACAGCAUGGAUUGGUUUGACCCAGGGAGCCAAGCGGCGGCCACGCAGAUUGCGAAGUUGAACAAUGCGCUCAAGCUCGGUGGUAGGGUUAUGCUGAGGAGUGCUGGCAAAAAGCCGUGGUAUAUCGACGAAUUUGAGAAGUGGGGAUUUGUGGCUAAGAGGGAGGGUGUUAGAGAGAAUGGCGGUUGUAUUGAUCGCGUCAAUAUGUAUGCGUCAUGCUGGAUCCUCACCAAGACCAAGGGUGUUCCUGUGGAGGUGGUGACAAGGGAUACCGCGAGUCCAGAGGCAUUGGAGAUUUAAUGAACUACGGUGUUGACCCUUGCCAUCUAUUUUUCAUCACAUGUGGGCUUGAAGACGCCUCGGACGGGCGCAGGGACGGACG